ACCUCUACCACUGCUUCCUCAUCUCGUUCUAGAAGCUUCCAACCCCUACUCACGGCUUCAACCCUCUCCUAGCGCCUCUGCUUGAUUCGCGUCUGGAUCGCAGAACCCUUCCAGGCCGGAACCAAAGCCACAUCUGCAGGGCAUUCCUCCGCAAGGCGCCCCCGCCAUCAAUAAUCGGCAGCGGGAACCACGACCCCAACUCUCCAUCCCCGUUUGCGCAACACCAGAAGCCAGCCCCAACCAUGUCGAAAACCGUACAUAUCGAGUCGCCUGCGCAGUUCAACUCGCUGUUGUCCUCGUCCCGCGUUGUCGUCGUAGACUUCUACGCCGACUGGUGUGGGCCAUGCAAGGCCAUAGCCCCGGUCUAUGAGCAGCUUUCCGCCCAGCUUUCGAGACCGAACAUCGUUACCUUCACCAAGGUCAACACCGACACCCAGACGCAGAUUGCGCAGAGCUAUGGCAUCACCGCCAUGCCAACCUUCAUGAUCUUCAAGAAUGGUCGCGAAGUCCAGAAGAUCCGCGGUGCUCGUGCCAAAGAGCUGUCCACAGCGGUGCAGAUGCUGGCGAAUGAGGCAGACUCUGAUGGCAACUCGGGAGGGUUCGGAGAAGCAAGCUCCAGCACGAGCGGGACCUGGCGCGGUGCCGAUCUACCGCGCGGAUAUCACGAUGUCUCCGACCAGGUCGAUACCAGAGGGCUGGACCUACUCAACUCGGACAGCGAACUAGGCGGAGUACGAGCACUCUUCGACGCCAGCAUACCGUCUUCGAUAGGCAGCGGGAAAGGAAAGGGAAAGGCUAGUGGAGCCGAAACAAAGUCAGACUGGGUGGAGAGCGACGUCGACGAGCAGCUGAUGCUGUAUAUCCCGUUCCAGUCGAUGCUGAAGGUCCAUACAAUCCACCUGACCUCACUACCACCGAAAUCCGAGGAUGAGGACGAGGACGACGAGGUGCCGAUGCGACCCAAGACGAUCCACAUAUAUUCGAACCGCGCACACAAUCUGGGCUUCGAGGAAGCGGAAGACAUCCCUUCCACACAGUCAAUAACCCUGAAGCCGAGCGACUGGGACGAGAAAACCGGGACAGCAAAGGUUGAGCUUCGCUUUGUCAAGUUCCAGAACGUGACAUCUUUGGUCAUCUUCGUAGUCGACGGGGACGGCGAGGGUGAGAAGGUACGGCUGGAUAGGGUUCGCAUAAUCGGCGAGUCUGGGGAGAAGAGAGAUAUGGGCAAGCUGGAGAUAAUCGGCGAUGAUGCGUAGUCACAGCUGUCAAGCGGUGUGGCAGUCAUCUUCUAAUGCUGACGGAAAACCUUGCGUGGGCUCUGGUGUUCACUUGAUUUGGCAUGCACGGCGGGUCUCAUUGGCAGCUUAGAUGGCUCAUAGAUACUUACGACAACCUCACGAGGCUCAUGACAACCUCUUGAAAACAUUCAAGCCCUUCCAAGGCUGCGCUGCAUACUAUACUGUACUAAAGUUCUAGCUGACCAGGAAGUCUAAAUCGACUACCAGUGACAGUGACCCUGCACUUAAUAAGCUUAUUCAGGUUCAUGAAACCUACAUACUUGGACAGCC